AUGGCAUCAGAACAAAGCUUCUCCUAUGGUGGUUUCAGAGUUUCGGGCCUAGAGAUACCAACUGAUUACGAACUUCACGCCGUGGAAACCCAAGUGCAGAUUGAGGAAAUGAAAGAUGACAUGCAACAACAGCUUGCCGAGUUUAGGGAGGAAAUACGCUACUUGAAAAGGAAAGUGACCAUGAUGGGUGUUGUUGGAGUUGCAGUGAUGUCGUUGAUCAAGGUUCGUGUUUGCUUCGAAUGCACUGGAUGGGGAUUUGGUGGGUGUAGUUUAGUUCGUAGCUACCACGAUGGCAAUUAG